AUGGACACUCUCACGGGGGACUCGGAAAGCGAAGACGACACACCACGCCCAGCCCUUCCACUCCCGCCCCUAGACGCCUUCCCCCGACCGCACGACGGCCCCCCGACAACUGCCGAGCAAUACCUAGCGCAGGUGCGGCGCGAGGCUGCCGCCCUUCCCCAAGUCUUCGUCUCGCGUCUAAACCCGCCGUCGCCGCCGCCCGCGAAGCCCGCGCUGCAUCGCCUACGUCUACCGGAUACGCCCGCGCACCUCCUCCCGGACCCGCACUGGCAGGACGAGCUCGUGCUUGGCUUUGCGCGCCUGCAGGCCAGUCUGAUGGCCAGGCGCGCGUCGGGCGCGCAUGCUGCCCGUGGGGUUCCCGCGCGCGGAGAGGCUAAACAGUGGGAACAGAUUAUCAUGGGCCAUGCCGAGACGAAACCUACGCUCAGGUUCUUUUUGGCACUGGAUCACACCGUGGCGGUCGAGGCCCUCAGGGCGUGCGAUUCCGUGCUGGCGGCGCGCGGGUUUGCGAAUAAGGACGCUCUGAGCAAAUUUACGCCGUGGACGACCGAGACGGUUUUGAGGUGGACUUCCGACGUGCUCCUUUUUGAAAACACGUUGUGGUUCCUGUUUCAGCUGCUAGCUAUUCUCUCGCCGUAA